AUGCAGAACCUGAAACGAAAACGCUCCCGUUUGGCCUGCAAGCCUUGUCGGGAGCGAAAAAGGAGAUGUGACGGGGCUGACCCCUGUGUCACUUGCACUGAAUGGGGCUACGAGUGCUCCUAUGAUGCUCGACGAAGGAAGUCUCGAACUACCAAGCAGCCCACACCAGAUGCCGAGCCCGAGCCUCAAUCAUCUCCACAAACUGUUACAGGGCCAAGCACUGUUGAAUCAGAUCAUUUAGACCUAGUUCGUCGCCUAGAGGCCAAUUCCGGCGCGGCCUUCGUAAGGAAACUUGGUCUAAAGAUUGACCCAGCGAAGGCACCGAAGCUCAACCUGUUUGGAUGGAAUAUUGGAGCUCGGCAACUCUCGGCUCAAAUCCUUCCACCGUCCGCAUUGCCAAUUAUUGAGAUCACCUCGCUUGAACACAUGAAAGCCCUGGCCCAGGUUUAUUUCGAUAAGGUGAAUCCCUGCUACGGGUUUAUCGAUCGGCGCCUUUUCUUCGAGCGAUUAGACGCACGUUGGCAAUCGCCCCUAACACCGGACGUAUACGAUAGCGUCCGAUGUGGAGUCGCUGCCCUUGGAUGCUUAUUUUCCCAAAGAAAUGCCACGAUCACAGAACUACUCCUAGUUCGCACAGCCGCCGCCUGCUUGGAUAUGUACCAUCUGUGCGGUCCUCCAUCCAUAGAUCUCCUGAUCGGAUGGGCGCUGCGAUCCGUUUACCUUCGGCUAACAGACUCCCCGUACUCUACUUGGAUAGCCAGCUCGACCCUCAUGCACCUGCUCGAGGCCGCGGGGCUCCACCCGGAGCCACCCUGUGACUCAGUCCUUCCCCACCGUGCGCAGUGUGAUUCGGACAUUAGGGCACGACUGGUUGGAGUUGCACAUCACUUAAAUAUGUGGACUUCAUAUGAUCUGGGUCUGUCACGAGUAUCGUUUCAGACAAACGAUUUGCCGUUACCCCCAUCGCCCAAAGCCGGGGAUUAUGCAGACGAGGUCCUAGGUCUUCUAUCCGUGUCAGUUAGUUUAGACCCGGGAAGGUCAAAAGAUGAGACGGAUCUCACUUCGACACUCUCCAAGCUCCUGGACAGGACCUACACCCAUCAGCCAUCAGUUCUCACCCAAUGCAAUCUUGUGCUUUGCAUGCUUCGACGAAUCCAUACUCAGAACCUUGAUAUUUCCCCUGACUUAGCGGACAAGAUCCUAGCGUUAUUGCAUAACGGACUUGGCUGUGCACGGAGUAUGGUCCUCGACUGCAUGCCAUGGCACCAGGUUGCGAAUGUGCCAUUUCAAAUCAUCUGUGUCCUUCUCACGAUGGAUACGCGGUCAUCACUAGCCAUGCUUCCGGAAGCAAUGCAGACCCUAAGCUUGGUUGCUUCUACUUACGACACGGAAACGACGAGAGAGGCAUACAAUACAGCCUGCUUGUUGGUUUUGCUACAUCAACGACGCAGGAAGGACGACAUAGCCAUUCUUGGGCAGGCUCUCAACGUCCACCAGCAGGAAAGGCAAUUCGAGAAUCUGCCGCAAUUAAAUUGCAGUUUUGAGGAAUAUUCCUGGCUUGGGGCGCUCGUCGCUGAUUUGCAUGGCUUGCAGAGAGUUGACCUUGACCAGUUUCUGAACACAGAUAUGACGGAUGGUUCUCAAUUAACCUGA